CUUCAAAGCAUACAUGUCAUAAACCAAUAAUUUUGGUACUAAAAAGUUCACAUUUUCCAGACCUAGUGCUCUUAUAAUGGAAACAAACAUAAUACUCAUUACAACAUCCAUAUUUUUCCAGAUUGUAAGGUAUAUACAUAUCAAGUAAAAAUAUAAUUUUGAAUAUUGUUCUAAAUAGACCUAAAAACGUUUAAAAAUUCCAAAAUAGGACUAUCAUGUUUCUAUUCGCUAAAUAUGAGUAAUGGCUAUCAUGUUUUGAUAGUACCAGACUUCAAACAUAAAAGUAUAAUCCAAACUUGACAAUAAUUACUCAUAUUUAGAGAAGAAAAACAUGACAGUCCUAUUUUGAAACUCUCAAACAUUCUUAUUCCUAUUUCGGGAGUUUGGCCAUUUAAUUUGUAACGAUUUUUGCAGGGGGUGAGGUGAGCUAAGGCCGAGUAAGGAGAUGGGGUGGCUUUUUGCAGGGAUUUGCAUGAGUUCUGGAAGCAGCAAAGUCAUUAAUCAAGGCAAGCGCGUUGCUAAUCAGGUCAUAAACACACGUAACCGCGCCUUCUACCUCGACCCUCAACUCCGACCCCCGGGGCAGCCCCUCAAAGCACGUGUCAAUAUCGGUCAACGCCGCGCUGACCCACGUCUGCACGUUCCGCAUGUGGCCCGCGAACGCAUCCGGGCUGCCCGUCCUGGCCUGCCCGAGCUCCGUGAUGGACGGCCUCAGCUCCUCAUCCAAGCCCCUCAUUUCCUCUUGACAGUCCCUCAUUGCGCCGAACUCCAUCCUUGUGAGGUUUCUUCCUGGCGCCUUCAGCUUGGCCACGACGAAGCUCACGGCGUCCCGAGCCUUGGCUCGGCUCAGGCAUAGCGCCACCAGCGCUAUGCGCCGCUUGCUUCCGCCGAUGUAGUCGGCGAAAGGGGUCAGAGAUUGCACGCACAAUGGUUUGUGCGUGGAGACAUUAUAGCAAGAGGCGUUGAUAAAGUUUACAUGGCAUGAAGAUAUUAUUGGAGCCGAUGACGGCGGCAGCGGUGGCGGCUGGGCUGCGGAGCGAUCGCAAGAGAAUAAUAAUAACAGUAAUAGUACUCGUAUCAUCAUUAAUGGUGCCAUGUAUGGUUGCGGCCUAUUUUUGCUCUCAACAUCAUACUACGUACGUAGUAUUGUAUUAGAAUUUGUGAAGUUAUAAUUAAU